UGCUCCUGCGUCUUUUAGAUUUCUUCGUGUAGAAAAUCACGCUUUGCACAAACUAGCGCCAGAGUUUUUGUUUUCGCGUGUGAACAAAAAUUGCACUUUCAGACCGUCGUGCUGGGUGUGUCUUGUUAUCUCGUACUUCUUGUCCCCAACGAACUGCUUCGUCGUGAAGGAAGUACUCUUUUAUCUUCACCCCCCACUACAGUAUGAGUGCCCGCCACGGUGGCGGCUCAAGCGGGGGUGGCAGUGACGACGACGAGUACAACGAUCGCCGAGGACCCGGCGCAGGCGCUGUUCCGCCCGCUGGAGCAUCAUCAAUGGCAGACCGGUCGUCCCACCAGCAGCCCGGCGACCGGGAGAGGUCGGAGGACGACGGAAACGGGAGCAACAUCGAAAUGGAAGUGAUAGACGACGAUGCUCCUGAAAUUGAGCAGGAACACGAGGACAUCGCUGCCGGCGACGACGCGGGCGGGGAUCAUGAUGCAGAAGAUGGGUUAGCGGACGAUGCUGACGACGACCUAGAUAUCGAAGGUGAAGAUGAAUCGGGCGAGGAGGAAGAGGAGGCAAGCGCGUCUGUGUCUGAGGGAGCGGAUGACGACGCGGGAAUGGACGAUGAAGAUGACGACGGCGACUAUAUGCCACGAAAGAACUACUGCUCUCAGCAGGAUCAUCCACGUCUACGAUUGACGCUCUUGCUCUUUGUGCUUGUGAAAAUUUUUGUGUAGUACAUCUUACAGGUGGUCUCUGCAAUUGCAUCUGAUCUCUUCAUCUCCACGCCCACAUCAUCAAAUGGAAGGAUUUACAAUCACUAGUGCAGUGUGUUGAUUCCGGUCUCGUUUAGUUGGUAGGAAUUAUGGUGGUAUAAUAUGAAGAUCCUCACUUUUUAACAAAGAGAAUCAAAAGGCCAUACGUAGAUAUGAGUUUUCUCUGCGGGUUUUUUCGUGGAUAGCGCCCGAUGAAUCGGAAGAGGAAGAGUCGUCGGCGGAAGAAAGCGACGAGGAGGACGAGGAAAAUGAAAAUGACCAGCAAGACCCCGAACGCAGUGAGAACUCCGACCCGUCGCCCGUCCGGCACCGGGGCAAGAACGCUCCGGAAAUCACCCGACAAGGCGGUGGUGCGGACUUGGUACCGCCGCGGGCGCCGGGAAUGAGCGGAGGUGUCGGUGGUGCUGGAGAGAAGCAGAAACUACCGCCAUCGUCGAAGGACCGCAGUACUACUUGUUGAUUGUGACAACUCUUGGUUGUUGUUUGUAAUUGUAGCGCAUGGCGCAAGUACAGAAUCUAGUAUGUAUCGUGAUGCUACUCGGAAUACAAGUGCUAGCGGCACCAGCUCUCUUUGACUCUCACUCGGUUUUCUUAUGUGGAGAAGCUGCGCCUCGGUUCCGCUACUGAAUCAAUGUGAGAACACGUUUUAAAGCCCCCGGUUAUUUGUCGAGUGUAGAGCGAUCCUCCUGGCGGAAAUUAUGUUUGCUUCCGCUUAUACGUGGAACACAUCUUGGCAAUUAUGUUCCCUCUGUCUUCUACAAAGCCACAACAGCUCCUUCGAACCUCAUAGCAUUUUGAGUUUCUACCUGUUGUAUGCGUUCCUCUCCACCUUAGAAGUCCCUGCAGCUGCAACUGCAACUCGUUUACUCUUUACACAAAGAGCUCCAGCGGUUCGCAGCAUAAUUAGUAGAAGUCAAGUUUUUCUGUACACGCUCUCACUCACAUCACCGGUCACAAUACUCUGACUGCGACUGGAAUAGGACCACGUACCUGUGAUGUUUUCAUGGUACGCUUGGGGGACAACAAAGCAUGUUUUGCAAUUAAUAUGCUGCUCGAGACCCAGCUUAGACAAAGACGCACAUAAUCCUACAUUCCAACAUGUAAGGUGCGCCACACAACUCCUCGUCCCAACUCCAAGUUCCAGCACAUCAGCCGGUUAAGAACCAGCUGCACAUCGCACCAGCAGUGGUCCCGCAGCAGAAAAAGAUCGAGCCCCAAGGUGGCCUCGGUCUCUCUUCGGUAAGUUCCUCCCGUGCUGUUUCUCCGGCCACACUGCAGCAAGGAGCAAAGAUGAUCGUGCCGCCGAAGCUGGCUUUGCCCAAACCGCCGACGAGAGAGGAGUCGUCAUCCUCCAGCUCGGCGAGGAGCGCCGUCGCGGCCGUGUUACGACCUGGUAACACUGCACUAUCAAGUGGUGCGAAUUAUGCCCAAGACGGGGUGAGGAUCGGCAGCCCGACGGACUUUUCCGCUGGCAGCACUGCUGCGUUUGGUGCUGCGGCAUCCUCCUCCUCUACCUCCACCGCAUCGAAUAUUUUCGGCAGACUGUGGGGCUGGGUGAAGAGCACGGCGGGUUCGGUGUUUAAGAGAAGCAAGGAGGAACGGGAUGCGGUCGCGGUAGAGGAGGAGCUGGCACGGGAAAGGGAAGAGAGGCAGAGAAGAGGAAGCACAACAGGAGCUGCGAACGAGACAUCUGCACGUGUGCCCGCCGUUCCACCCAACUCGAAGGUGACGAACGUACCAGCGGACAAACUGGAUGUUAGAGACGAAGGUGACGAUGUGGUGAUGGAAGAUGCUGGGGUGAUACGACUGGAACAGGUAGAAGCUGAUGUCGCUGGAAACGAAAAGCAAGCCGAGCAGGUUGAUGAAGAGGGGAAGGAAAAAAGCAGUCCGUCUGCAAAGAAGCGACGUAUAAUAUCAUAAUUUUCGUAAAUUAGCAUUUUCAUCGCUUUUUUUGGCUCUGCAAAGGUUGUAGCAAAUAACUGUUUUCUUGCAGCAUCCAGGUUGAUGUAGUUAGGAGUAAAACUAAAAUCAUGCUCAGAAGAAAAUAAUCUCGAUCUCCCUAUCACAGGUAUCAGCAAGGAAGACAAUGCCAUCGCUUCAGCUGCCGCCAUCCAGCAGGGCGAUAAGGUCGUGCCAAGGAGAAAGUCCGGCGCCUCCCCUCCCAUGAAAAGCAAGUCGCCAACGAGUAAAAAAUCAAAAGAUUCUUCCCAUUCGAUGAAAUCGAAGUCACCGGCUGGCGGGAAGAAAACCUCUACAGGAUCCGUGGAGCACGAUCAGCAACCUCCUGUGAAAGCUCCGUCCCUAGUAUCGAAGAGCCAUCUAGUCGUGCCUUCUGCUCCGCCAGCGGAACAGAACCUCCGAGCAAGCAGCGGAUCAUCGUCGCCAAAACUGGCCGCGAAUAUGACCGGAUCCAAACGCCCACCAUCGAAUCCGUAUCUGACAAAGCCGGACGAAACCAUCGAGAAGUUGCAGAAGGCAACCGGAACGCCGAGAACCCCGCAUCGAUGCUCCGUUCCCCCGAAUCCGUUUAAAAAUCGGCUACUGCAUCACAGCGCUUCGCCGUCGAAGCACCAACGAAAAAUUGAGGCGAAAAAGUAUAAAUGAGUUUUGUCGGGAGAACAAGAUGUGCAUAUCAUGAGAUGACAUUAUCUGGUGCAAGAGGAUCACUGCUCUUUUUUCAAUUUCGAUUUCAUUCUAUCUUGAAAGAUCGCGAAACCAUUAUCAGGUACUUCUCCCCCUCCGCCAGUCAAGGCGCGCAGCCCCGCAGGCGCGUGAGUUUGAGCGACGGCCCAAAUUCUGGCGGAGCCAGCCCGAAGAGAACUGUGACAAUCCGGUUGUGCAAGAGGGCGGAUAGGAUGGUAAGGAAAUAGUAGUAGACAAACGUUCAUCGCACGAUGAUGUUUCAUGAUUCGCAUCCUGACUGCUAGCUCAACAUCGUUUUCAUCGUUCGGCGAUGGUUCCAGUAGUUGUUGAGGACCGUCACCGUUGUUCUGUGGACCAUGAUUAGAAUAAAAAAAUGUUGUCGCAGCUGCACUUGUCCUCCACAAAUUCACAGGUUACAGAUCCGACCGACGGGGGAAACAAGUCCUCCUCGUCCAGCGGCGUCGCUUUCUCCUUCAACGAAAACAACGAAAAGGUCCAGAUUGACAAACCCGCCAAGACCAUAGCAACCGGAGCUUCUGCGUCACCCAAAAUAAAUCCGGCUUCAUCCUCCACCACAACCGUGCUUCUCGGCACAAGAACCUUCCGCAAAGACGAGCGGAUUUUUCACCUCUACGACUGGGCGCGCCAAUUCACGGAGGACGACGAUUUUGAUCUGCGAACCGCCACGAAGGACCACGAGGAGGACGAAAGUCUGAACCAAAAGGUGUUGAUCGAUGACAUCGACUCGGUGACCUUGGCGGGCGUCGGUUUGGACGGAGAAAAAAGCUACGAUUUGAAGGUGGUCACGUUGGCAGAGAUCGAAGCGGAGGGAGGGACUACUGCGGGGGCCGAAAACGCGGAACCGUGGAGCAAGGUGUGGAUUUGAUGAAGGGGACGGAGUGCUACUGGGCCUGACCUGCUUGUACUAGCCGAGGAGAAGAUGAACAACAGCAGGCUUUACGCAGCUUCAGUGUCGUGUAUGUGUAUGAAAGUUAAGAUUGAGAUUCAGAUUUUGCGCAAAAAUAGUCAACGCUUGCUGUUUAUUCUCACGAAGUUCUACAAUAACAGGGUCGACCGACAAGAGAUUGUUUCUUCUUCAAAGAUUUUUUUUGCAUACUCGUCAAAUAAAACGAUAAAUUGCCUAAUGCAACGCUACCCUUGAGUGAACCCAUCUACCAUUGGUGGACACACACGCAAAUACGAACAAACCUCCACUCGUCCGCCAGCAGGUUUGUAACUGUCAUUUACAUUUUGCUGUCGAUUCGACCUGCGAGUUUUUUCUCGUGGUGUCCGUACCAGCAUCAAUCAUUGUACCCAUUACAAGGACUACAAACUACGCACGCGCAGACUUUUUACGAUUACUUUUUUGCAUGAUGACGUUGACGCGAUCAAGAUUACCGGAGGUGCUGCCGCGGUCAGCAAAGCAAACGCAGCCUGCGUCUCAGAUCUUGCUAUUGAAUGUUCGUAGUUCAACGGAAUCACAGGUAUACAAAGCAGAUGAAAAAAUUUACCAACCCAUUCGUUUUUUUUUUUUUCGCGAACUAUUUG